AGUAUUGUGAGGAGAAGCAUAGCUUAGUGAUUUGUCUGACAGCCAAGGGGAGGAUCAGAACAUUAAACAGCAGUAUUGUUAUUUUUAUGUUCUGCAGAGACUGUCUUUACCUUUGCUGCUACUCUUUUUUUUCAGGGAUUUGAAAUCGGAUGUAAUUGUGUGAGAAGAGCACCCAAAGCAGGAAAGCUUCACCACCCUCACUGUCUACAUGUGUUUUAUUCAUAUAGUCAGAACUCAGCUGCCAGGACCAGGUUUGCUGAAGCCCUUGGGCCUGCAGUGGAGUGAUGGAGCCUGGGCCUGGCAGACUUUCCCCUCCAGAAGAAAAGCUGAGAGGACCUGGAGAGGGUGGGCUGGCUAGGCAACCCUGUACUGAUGGAGAAGAAAGUUUGGAAAAUGCAAGGUGGGUGGAUGGAAAGGAGCUUGAAAAGGAGGACGAUGAAGAUGAUGAUUUUCAUGAAGAACUAGACCCCAGGAUACAGGAAGAACUGGAACAGUUGAACCAGGCCAGUGAGCAGAUCAACAAAUUGGAGCUGCAGCUUGACGAAGCUCGGACAGCAUACAGAAAAAUUCUGGCUGAAUCUGCACGCAAGUUGAAUGCGCAGGCAUCUCAGUUGGGGAACUGUAUUGAGAAAGCACGGCCAUACUAUGAAUCUAGACGCCUUGCAAAGGAGGCUCAGCAGGAGACUCAGAAAGCAGCAUUACGAUAUGAGAGAGCUGUUAGCAUGCACAAUGCAGCACGAGAGAUGGUCUUUGUUGCUGAGCAAGGACUGAUGGCAGAUAAGAAUCGGCUUGACCCCACCUGGCAAGAGAUGCUGAACCAUGCAACAUCCAAGGUGAAUGAAGCAGAGGAAGAGCGACUUCGUAGUGAACGUGAACACCAGCGUGUAACUCAGGUGUGCCAGAAAGCUGAAGCCAAAGUCCAGCAACUGCAGGUGUCACUGAAGAGGCAGAUCAUAAAGUCCAAACCCUACUUUGAGAUGAAGGCUCAGUUUAACCAGAUCCUGGACGAGCACUCCAUCAAGGUGACAGAGUUGGAACGACAUGUCUCCCAAGCAAAGAUGAAGUACUCUGUUGCCCUGCGGAACCUGGAACAAAUCAGUGAACAGAUUCAUGCUCGUCGCCUCCAGAGGUUGGUGUCUCGUCGUUCCUCUCCUGUAGGUGCAGAAGCUGCUAUCUGUUCCAUGGACUUGUGCCACAGUGUAUCAGCUGCCACACUUGGAGCAGACGGACCAGCUAGUGAUAAUAUCUCUGUCCUGAGUUUGCUAACCAUCGCUUCAGACCUACAAAAAUUUGACUCAAUUGACCAUCUGGCAGACCUUUCUGAUGUCUCCAGUCUGAAUAAUGAUGAUGGUAGUAGCAGUGGCUCCAUCCGCAGGGACAGCUCCUUUUUCAAGCAUCAUCGAAGUGUCAGUUUGUGAAAGUAUACUUGGUGCAACACCAUUUGGGAGGUCUGACCCUGAUGAUCUUGGUUAGAAGUAAGCCACCACACCUGCUUGACCUAGUGCAUUGUAGCAAUUGGCUGACCUGGUGUGGUAUAUGCAACAUAGUUGUAGAUGCCAUUGUUGCAAGGUUGCUCGUCUGAUCGUCAGACUUGAUGCUUGGAGGCUUUAUGCUUUGGCUUCUCCUUCCUGAUGCACAGAAAGCUGCUAGAACCUCAUAUGCCUCCUUGGCAUUCCAGUUCCUCACCCUCUCUACCCAACCAGUAAUUAUUGUAGAACUUUAAACACACAUCAGAUGCGGGGAGAAUGAGACUUAAGCACUAGGAACAAAGAGGACAACUGAACUGCUGGAGGUGGAAUACUGUGUGAUCUUACAAAUAAUGUAUGAUAUGCAACUGAAAAGCGUGUUUUGUCUUUCCCCACAAAAUGUGGCACGUUGUGGGGACUGAGCAUAAUGUAGCGCAGCAAACCGGAAACGGGCACUGAAGCCAGAGUGUUCUAUUUAUUUAUUUAAUUUUGAUGUUCUGUUUUUAUCAUUUUACUCUGGGGCAUUUACUUUUAGAAUCUGUCUGUCUCUGUCUGUUGUGUCCAUUCCCCAGGAAAUAGCAAAGGUUCACUAACUGCACUGUUUCAUCACACAACUGUGUGUGUCAGCCUGCCACCAGUGUAGAAAUGCCAUGUACAAGUGGAUGCAAGGUUCAUUGCAGGCCUCAGUCAGUGAAACAGUAAUCAUGCCUUCCAGUGCCUUCCCUUCUCUUUACCUCUUAUUGGUACUGGCAUAACAGGGCUGUUCCGUCAUAGCAGAGAAGGUAGGUGUGUAGUAUUGCAGUCUACAGUAAUUAAAACUUACUGUUCACCAUCACAACCUUCAUCUUUGCUAUGGUACCAACAGAACUUUUUUUAAUGCUAACAUCAGUGUUUAGAAGGAAAUGCAGUCCUGAACUUAGAAAAAGAAAAUCACAAUGCUAGUAAAAUUCUGUCCGCUGAACACAUGACAAGAGUUUAUGCUGCAGCACACUGGUACCUAUAACAGUAUGAUAGGUACCAUGCAAACGCUCUUCUGCAGAGUAAGUAGCACACACCUCAUGAGGAGGCUUUUGUAUUUGAGGGAAUCCAUUCUGCUCAUGCAAGUGAUUAUCAGCUGAUUUGCCAGAGUGAUUUUCUCUGGCCUUUUUAAACGUAACAAAUGCUGUCCAUUCCAUGACUGUAGAGUACAGUAGAGUGGCUCAUUUUAAAAGCUGGACGUGAGAGUGUUUUGAAGUGAAUAGUACAGUAGCUUGGUACUCUGGUAAACAUAGAGACAGAUGCACUAAAUCUGUAGGCCACAGAAUAUGCUAUUGGGUUCUUGUUUUGCAGCUUGGUGUAUAACUUCAAAAUUGAUAGUGGUCACAUGUAGCAUGCCAUCACCCCAUUUUAAGGUCUGCUUAUCAAACGAUGAGUUUUGUGGUACCAAGAAGCACUUGAUGCAAAAUAGUCUGUGUAAGAAAAAUGAGCUGGGGGUUGGUGAGAAGAAAACUGAGACCUCCUUAUGGUAUCUCUGAUGUUUUGGCUUUAAACCAGACCUUGCUGAAAUGUUGACAGGUUAUUAGUGGACAUCAUCAGAAUUUUCAUAUUAUAGGUGUUUCUUUUAACUACAUGACUGUGUGAUCUGAAUUUUUGUAAUGAAUUAAGGAUUUCAUUCUCAUGGAAACAACUUGAGAUUCUUUGAAGUUCUUUUUUGAUACUGUUGUGGAAUUGCCUUUUGAGUCUUUGUGGACAUUCAUUUGUUGUUUGUUCAUCGCAAAGUUAAGGAGUAACAAACUGCUUAAAAUAUAUAUCCGGAAGAGACAUUGCAGCGACGCGCUUGCUGUACUACCAUUUCAUUUUGCAUUCUUAACAUAUCUGAAGCCCACUUAUUCAUUGUUUUUGUUUCAUAUAGUGGUUGUUGCUACUUUUUAUUUUAUUUUUGCUGCUGAUUAUUAAUUUUUAAAAGUCCAUCAGAGGGCACUAUUUUAUCCUUUUUACAAGACAGCCUGAGACAUACCAGCCUUGCCCACCCCUAAUGGUGCAACAGUAUAUUUACUUGUACAGGAAGCCCCCUCCCACCCUGCUGCCAGUGUCUUAAUAUUUUUCACACCAAUCCCAUGCAAGUAAAUGCCAGUUUGUACUCCUUUUCCUUAGCAAGGCAAACAGUAGGCAGCUGACAUAGUUGGCUACAGUAACCAUAAACACAAAUAGACUAUGCCACUGUAAGGACCUCAGAGAGGGGGGAGAUGCCCAUAGCCUUAGCAAUGUUUGGAUUUAGUUUGGUAGAGCAGACCUGCAUAAGUUUAUUUCAGAAAGGAGGAUGUCUGGAAAGAUGCUUGCAGUAAAAGAUCAGAGAUUAAAGUGGCAGGAGUCUUUGAUGCAUAGAAUGCUUAAAAAUAAUAUUACAAAAAUUCAAAACUUUUCCCUUUGAAAAUGUGCUUGCUGGUGUGUUACAUUUUCUGCUUAUGGUAUGGUACAGGUAUCUCAGGUAAAUACUAUUUAAUACUAUAACAGAACUGUAUUUUUGUUACUAAGCUCCUGAACGUGAUGGAAAGUGUCAGGAAAGUCUUAAUGAAUGUUGAGAUGCUGCUAAUCUGUAAUACCACCCUGUUGUGUCAGCAGAAGUUCUUUUCCUCCUUUAUUUUCCUUCAGGAUAUUGCUAUUUUUAUUAGAAACACUUUAUGUGUCAUUCCAUUACAGUCUGUUCUUCCUUUUUGCCUUUCAAAAACACCUUCUUUACCCUAGGAACUUCUGUAGUCUACCAAUGCACCUUUAUUUAUUUGUAACUCGGUCUAGACGAUUUAUGACCAGAAUGGUACUUAAACUGGUAGUAAGUACAUGGUUCCAAAUACAGUUCCUCUAAGAGGUUACGGCUGCUAUGACAACUUGUUGACUAAAACAUGUUUGAAGCAGCAGGUAUAUGUACUGUUUUAUGUUGUAAAUAUUUUUAAAUAUAUUUAAGUGCAAAUCAUUUAUGGAUGUUGUGAAUAAAUAAUAUGACAUUAAAUAA